UCUAAUUUUUAUUUGUUAUUGUCAUUGUUGGAGGAAGGUUCCACGGUACCAAUCCUGAUGCAGAAAGUACCAUGAUUCCGAUUCCUAAAUCUUUUCUCAAUGGCCGCACUGCAAGCUACCAGCUACCGCAAUUACAUUGUUUGCACUCAAUAUUAUGGAUAAUAAAGGAGGGCUAGAAGAAGAAGAAGACAUUGUUUGUUUGGACGCUUCGUUCUUCAUCAAUGACAACUAUGAGCUUACGACGUUCUCAUUCGGUUCUCAAGUUCUUCAGCUAUACUGUCUCCAAUCAGCUUCCACUGAUUUUGAUUUGACGGGACAAAUGGUGUGGCCUGGAGCAGUGCUCUUGAAUGAUUAUCUUGCGAAGAAGGCUGACAUCAUCCGAGGGUGUUCUGUUAUUGAGCUUGGAUCUGGUGUUGGUAUAACUGGAAUAUUGUGCAGCAAGUUUUGUCAUGAAGUCGUGAUGACAGACCAUAGUGAGGAGGUCCUAAAGAUCCUGAAGAAAAACAUAGAGCUGCAUUCUUCUGAGAUAUAUACUGGUUUAAAAGCCGAGAUGCUGGAGUGGGGCAAUAAUGAUCAGCUCAGUUCUAUAUUAGAAAAGCAUCCUGAAGGAUUUGAUCUAAUUCUAGGAGCUGACAUUUGUUUUCAGCAGUCAAAUGUUCCUUUACUCUUUGAUACUGUGGAGCAGCUACUCAAAAUCCGUGGUGGAGACAAAUGCAAAUUUAUCUUGGCAUAUGUAUCACGAGCAAAAACAAUGGAUAGCCUGGUGACUGAUGAAGCAAUUCGACAUGGUUUGCAGAUAAAUGAAGUAUGUGGGACACAAUCUGUGGUAAAAGAUCUUCAAGGACUCAUAUAUGAGAUAAAGAUUAGGGAGUCUAAUUAAACUUCCGGCCUCAAGAUUUUAUGAUCACAACAUUCAAGCAAAACUGAAGUAGGCAAAUGCUUUCUUCUCCUUGACAAAGUUGUUAGGGUUGGAUCAUUGAUCAUCAUCAAACUUGGUGUUGAAAUGUUUUGAAAUGUAUUACAAGUUUGUAUUAUGUAUUUGAGAAAAAUAGCUAUUAUAAGUGAAUGUAUGGUAAUAUGGCUUUUCGGAUUAUCAAUCUUAUGAUUCUUAUCGGUAAGACUUUUUUGCCGAACACUAAUUUUUUCACAUCACAUGUUGACUUGGCAAAUAAUAGAAAAAGGUUCCAAGUAUCUUUGAUUUUAG